AUGUCCCUUGAAACCCCACUUACUGUCCUCUACAAAGAGGCCAACAGCAGCAAUAUUACCACUGACGUCUAUCUCCCGCCCAGCACCUCGGCUUCACCGCAGAAGUAUCCUGUCGUUAUCGACAUUCAUGGCGGCGCCUUCAUGCUUGGCCACUCGCGCAUGGUCUCCCUAUCGCAGGUCAAUGACUGCCUCGAGCGCGGCUGGAUCGUGCUCGUCCCCAACCACCGGCUAUGUCCCGGGGUGGACGUACUUGACGGGCCGAUGCAAGAUAUCCGUGACCUGCUGUCAUGGGUAUAUGAUGGGCAUUUGGACGCCAUUCUCGCAGAUCAGGGGGGCUACCGUGCGGAUUUGGAGAAUGUCGCUGCGUUUGGGACGUCUUCGGGGGGAACGCUGGCACUAGGCCUGGCCUUCAAUGUACCGAAACCCGCCAAAGCCAUCCUCUCCCUCUACGGUGCCGUCCACUUCACAGACCCUUUCUGGACCAAGUCCCUGCCGCACGUCGCCGCAAAAAUUCCCCCCAACUUGACCGAGGAGUUCCUCAACAAGAUCUAUGAUGAGCAUCCCGUCCCGACGGACAGCUCCGUCUCUCUAGAAGGCCAAACCGAGUCGGGGGCCUCCAAGGGCCCCAAUUUCUCACAGCCCCGAGACGCGUUCGCCUUCACGCAGAUUGCCUCAGGCACUGUGCUCUCCGCAAUCUACCCGGACUCGAAGAGCACCGAUCCGGACUUUAAGAAGAUAGACCCGGUGCAGAAUGUCUCGCCGAUCUUCCCCCCAACAUAUAUCGUUCACGGGAUGGCGGAUACAAUGGUUCCGGUUGAAUUGAGCCGAGAGCUGUUCAAGAGGCUUCAGGAUGCAGGAGUUCCCUGUGGUAUGACAGAGGUCCCCGGAGAGGAGCACACGUUUGCGUCGAUGAUGAAGGUUGGAUCGCAGACGUGGUGGUUGCAGAGGAAGGGGUUUGACUUUUUGGAAGGUGUUAUUGGUAAAGGGCCGCAAUAG